AUGAAUUUACAAGAAAUUGAUGAAAAAAUAGUUUUAGAAGGAAAUUAUGUAAGAAAUCCAUUUUAUUCAAAUAACGUAAAAAUUAAAACAUCAAAUAUAGUAAACUCAAUUGAAGGAAUAGAAAAUAAAGCUAAUUUUUUAUCAUUAAGUGAAAAUGUAAUAUCAAAAAUAAGAAGUGAUAGUGCAGAAAUAAUAAAAAAAGAAGGAGAAAUUUUGGAUGUUAAUUCACGAAAUGUUUGUUAUGCUUUAAAGAAUGGAAAAUUUCGUUUAAUAAAUCAAAACGGAAUAAAUACAACAAGGAUAAAAUUGUUGUAUGAAAAUGAAGUUUUAUAUGUUUCAUUCAACAAGGAAAAUGGUAACUAUUUAUUGCUAUUAGAUAAUAAAGGACAUUUAUAUAUCUAUAAAAUCAAUGAAUUUAAAGUUGAAUUGGUAUUAUGUUUAAAUUUUCCUUCAUAUGAGAAAAAUCCCACUACUAAUUUAAAAGAAAUAAAAAAUACAUUAAAAAGUGAUUUUCCAAAAAAAGCUAGUUGGCUACCUAAAAGUGAUAAGUUUUUUAUUACUGGUCAUAACAAUUGCCUAUAUAUAUGGAAUAUUUCUUUAUUAACAAAUGCAAUGAUUAUGAAUAAAUUAAAAGAUAAAAUUGAUGUAAAUGAUAAAUUAAUUUCAGUUUGUGCUAUAACUUUAUCAUUUGAACAAAUAUUACAUAAAUAUAAUUACUUAUUUAAUGAAGAUUUUAAAAGUACAGAAGAUUUACAUGAUAAAAUUAUUUUAAAUACAUACAGCCUAAGUUUAAAUGGAAAAUACUUAUUUGCACUUAUUAAAAAUUAUUAUUCAGUUAUAUGGAAUGUUGAAAGAAAUAACCAUUUUAUUAAAUUUACUCUAGUUGGAUUAUGUUCAUUAAAAAAUGAAUUAUUAAAAAUAAGAAAGCAAUUAAAUAUAAAUACUUAUAAUAAUAAUAAUAAUAUAGAAAUAUCGUCUGUUCAUAUUCUAAAUACUUUUUUUCAAUCAAGUGAAGAUGGCAUUAAUCAGAGCAAUUAUUACCUUCUUGUUUUUCAUAGUUACUCUUGUAUAUCUGUAUUCCCAUUUAAAAAUAAUAUUGAUGUUAGUGAAAAUUUUUGUGAAAGUAUUGAUAUAUUAAAUGAUUCUAGUAUACAAAAUAUUUAUGUUCAAAAUGGAAUAGAUAUUGAAAAUAUAGAGUUAUUUGUCGACCCUUCCGAAUUUUUUGUUUUUUUUAAUCUUUCUUAUAAAAUUCCUAAUAAAGAUAAAGGAGAUAUAAAUAAAAGUUUAAUAUUUGUUUUAGAAGUUUUUAAUAAAAAAAGAUUAGAUUUUAAUAUUCAUCCCAAAUUUAUAAAUUUACCAAAUAAAAGUAUUUUACCUCUUUGUUCCAUUAGAUUACUAAAAAUAAAUGAUUGCUUAAAAUUUGCAAAAGUUUUAAAUGUAUCCGUUUCUUCUUCAUCCUUAAAUAUUAUUAAUUUAUUUUUGUUUGCUAUCAUUUUUAAUUCCUCUAAAAAAAGUGUAAGUGUUCAAUCAUUUUCUGCACCAAUUCCUUUGCUUAUGGGGGAUGUAUGCAACAACAAAGAAGCAUCUUUUCCCAAUAAUGAUAAUAUUUGUGAUAAUAUAGAUAAGGGUUUAAAAAAUUGCGAUAUUAAAAAUAUUUAUGAAAAUUUUUAUGAUAAUCUGAAUAAUAAAUAUGACUUAGAGAACUCAACAAAUAUUCAUAAAAGAGAAGAAACAGAUCAAAACAUACUAAAUAAUUCUAAUAACAAAGAAUUUUUAAAUAUAUUAAAAAAUAAAAAAAAUAAAGAUACAGAAUUGGUAAAAAUGUAUGAUGAUAUGAUUCAAAAAGGAAAUUUGUUAGAGAAUAUUUCAUAUGUACCUAUUACAAGUGAAGAAAAUAUUAUCCUCAAUGAUUUUAAACGGAAUGAAUAUAUAAAUGAUGAUAAUAUUAAUAAAAGUAAUAAUAAUACAAUAAAUAGAAAUCCUCAUAUUUUACAAGAAUUGAUAAAUAAUGAAGAAAAUAAUGUAGACAUGAGAGAAAAAUUAAAAGUAUUAUUAAAUAAUAGAGAAGAUAUUUUAAACAAGAAUAAUAACUCAAUUAAUUAUAUUGAAAAUAAAGAAAUAUCUAGAAUUUUGAGUGGAGUAAACAAUGAUGGAAUUGAAGUAUUGAAAAAAAUAGAAAAUAAGGAUGUAAAAUAUUUUAAUGAUAUAAAUGAUAAGGAAGAAUCCUCUAGAAAUGCAAAUAAUGCUCUGUGUGAUAUAAUUUUAAAUAAUAAAAAAAAAGAAAGCAAAGAAGAAAUUAAUAGUAGAAAUGAUAUGCCUGAAAACAACGAUCUAGAACAAUUUUUAAAAUAUUCUCUUAAUGAAAUAAAAAAAAAUUAUUCUUCAGUAGAUGAACAAAUAGUUAGAAAAAACGAUGAUAUUAACAUAACACAUUUAAAUAAAAAUGAAUUUUCUGAAAAUGUACCUCCAAAAAAAAUGAAUAUAAAUUUAUUUUAUAACAAUAAUAAAGUAGUUAAUCAUGAAAAUAUAGAAAAUUUUAAAAAUGAAAAAGAAAAAGAAGAAAAUUCUAAAAUUCCUUUUAGUGAAACGAAACAAAUUGUUGAUUUAAUUUUUUCUGAUAAUGCAGAACAAAAGACAAUAAAUGAAAAUGAAAACGAUAUAAAAAAAAAUAUGGAUUACAAUAGUAAUAUUGAUAUAAUUAUGUCAAAUCAUAAAGAUGCUUUAAAGAAGUUUAUGGAAUUUGAAGAGGAUAAUGAAGAAGAAAGUGAACAUCAAGAGGAAAAAAAAGCAUAUGUAAGUGAAUAUUUAGAAAAAAAAAGAGAAUUACAAAAAGAUGAUGAAUAUAAAGAAUAUGAAAUUGAAGAAGAAGAAGAAGGAGAAGGAGAAGAAGGAGAAGGAGAAGAAGAAGAAGAAUAUGAAGUGAAAAAAGAAGAUGAAAAAGAGGGAGUAAAUAACAAUAAUAAUGAAGAAAAAGUCAAGGAUAAUAAAAAGCUUAAUGUAAUUUUUGAGGAUAAAAAUGAUUGGAAAAAUAUUGAAAAGAAAAAAUACAAUAAUUUAAAAGAUGAUGAAGGAGAAAGAGAUAAGGAGGAAGAAGAAAAAUCAAACUACAAAAAUAAUGAAAUAUUUGAACAAAAGGAAAAUAACUUGAAUUCUUUUUUACAUCAAUUAGGAUUUUUUAGGAAUAAUAAAUCAAAUGAAUGUAAUAAUAAUUUAGAUGAAAAAAAUAAAAAUGAAUUUUAUAAGGAUAAUUCUAUUUUUAUUAAUGAAUUAAAAGUUAAUGAAAGUAACAUAGAGGAGGAAUCAGUAAAUCAGAAUGAUGAAAUAUACAAGGAAAAUAAAAAAAGCAAAAAUAACUUAAACAAUGUAGAAAUAAAUACUAGUACUAACAAAGAAGAUGAUAUUAUUGUGACUAAUCCUAUUAAUGAUACGAAUAAUACUAUUAAUAUAUAUAGAAGAAAAAAGCAAGAUAAUAAAAGAAAGGAUAUUAUAGAUGAAAAAUUUGAAGGUGAGAAAAUAUCAAUAGAUAUUCCAGAUGAUUUAAUGAAAAAAAUGUGUGAAGAGAUAUAUAAAAACAUUAGUGUAGGAAUAUCUCAAAUUAUAUGUGAAGAAUUAAAAGAUAAAAAUAUUUUAAGUGGGAUCAGUUCAACUAUUUGUAACAAGAUUAAUAAAGAUAUAAAUGAAGAAAAUAAAUAUGCAGAUGACAAGAUAUAUAAGCAAAUGGGAAGUAUCAUUACUAACUAUAAUAAAAAAAUAAAUGAGAUGAAAGAAGAAAUAAUGAAUUUAAAAAAUUAUAAUAAAAAUAUAAAUGUGAAAUUAAUAUCUAUGAACAAUAAUUUAAGUAAAAUAUAUGAAGCCAUUAAAAAUAAGUCAUACUUAAAAAAUCAGAAAGAUAAUACAUAUGAAAUAAAAUUAGAAAGAAUUUUAAAUGAGAUAAAUGGCUUCAAAAAAUAUAUGAAUACUAUGAUGAGUAAAUUUUCGGAAAAUUUAGUAAAUACGUGUGAAGAUAUGAAGAAUUAUUUUAGUAAAACAAUAAGAGGAAAUAAUGAUAAUUUAAAAAGAAUUAUUCUUCAAGAUUUGAAUAAUAAAAUAGAGGAAAUGAAACAUAUCGAUUUAAAAAAUAAUGCAUUUAAUAAAGAGUUAGUUGAAUUUUUUAACAAUGGUCAUCAAAGUGCAUUAAAAAAAAUAAUGCCAUCUGUUAUAUCAUCAGAAAUUCAGAUUCAAUUUGCCAAAAGCGUUGUACCAGGUAUGAGAGAGGCAUAUAAUACAGGAUUUCAAUCCAUUAAAGAAUCACUUAAUGCAUUAUUAUUAGAAAAUAAAAAUUGGUUGAGUAAAGAAUUAUAUGGGAUAGAAAAAGUAAUAUACGAAAAAUCAAAAAAAAAUAAUGAAGAUAUUUUAUUAUGUGUAAAUAAUAAAAUGGAAGAACUAGAAAAAGAAAUAAAAAUAUAUACUUACAACAUUAAUCAACAAAUUAAUUAUUUACAUGAUGACAUUAAUGUAUUGAGUAAAUCCCCAUUGCAAUUAAAUGAUCAGAAUAAAAGCAUUGAUGGUAAUAAUUUAGAUAACGAAAGUAGUAAUAAUAAUGCUAUUAAAAAAAAUAAUAGUAAUAGUUCAAUCGUUGAAUUAAAAAAAAAUAAUGAUUAUAAUUCUCAUCAAGAAAAUGAUCCAUCUGAUAUUAUAAUAAAAGGAAGAAUUAACCAUUUGUUAAGUGAACAUGAAUAUGAUCAGGCUUUUACAUUAGCAUUAUCAAUAGAUAUUGAAAAAAAUACUAAUGCAUAUUGGAUACUUCAAUUAUGUUAUAGAUUUCAUUCAAAUCUUUUAUUAGAUGAUAAUUUACCAAUUAGCCAACCUGCAUUAUUAGGCAUAAGUAAAAUUUUGUGUGAAUCAUUAACGAAAUCUUCUGAAUUAUCUUUGGAGGAAGCUGAUUUUCGUAUUAAAUGGAUUCGUGAAUGUUUGUUACAAUUAGAUGUGAAUCAUUCUGAUUUAAUUAAAACAAAUGCUUUUAUGUUUAUUCAGAAUAUGCUUAAUCAUAUUUGUAGUUUUAGUUAUGAUAUAGAAAAUAAAAUUCGCAAAGCAAAUGAAAAUACUACAAACUUUUAUAAAAAUGUAGAUUUAAAAAAUAAUUUACUUUUAAGUACGGAUUCAAUAACCAAUGAAAAUGUAAAUCAUAUUUUGUGUUUGAAUGAAGUGGAAUCAUUGAAUAAUAAAGAUCUUCAUUUAAUUUCAAAACAAAAUAAUCAUUAUGAUAAAAAUAUGCUUCUUAUAUUACAAGAUAAGUUAAUUCAAAUUAGGAAAUUAUUAAAAAGGAUCAUUAAAAACUUAAGUAAGAAAGAUAAUGUGUAA